AUGACCACCUUCGAAGUCUCGCACGACAAACUCCUCCCCAACCUCAACUCCCUAUUUUCCCUCGUCGUCGCCCGCGCGCCGCACCUCACUACGCUCGGCAUCCAAGUGAUCAACCCGAACGGCGCGACCCCAGAGGUCUUCUCCCCGUCCCGGAACCUCUGCGCGGCCCUCGCCCCGCUCUUCCCGCUCGUGCAGCUCCGCGCGCUCCGCUUCGAGCUCUGCCACAGCGCGCUCGCGUGCUCGUCCGCGGACGUGCGCGCGGCGCUCGACGCGUGGCCCGCGCUCGAGGACUUCUCCGUGCGCUUCAGGGCCGCGCCCCGCGCCCGCGUCGCGCUCGACGUCCUCGCGCACGUCGCGCGCGCGUGCCCGCGCCUGCGCGUGAUGCACCUCCCCUGGACGGCGCUCGUGGCGGGCUCGCUCGACGCGGCGCGCGUGGGGCACGCUCCGCACUUGGCGAUGCGCACACUCGGGCUGGGCGAGGUGGAGGUUGUCGGGGCGUCGCGCGAGGAGGCGGAGGCGGAGAUCGUGGGGUUUGUGGAGGCGGUGUUUCCGAUGACGAGUCUGGAUUUCCGCACCGCGUAG